AAAAACGGUGCGAAACGGGCCGAGAUUGCGCCGACGAGAAUGGUCGCACCAGCUUUGGAGCGAGGUUCGACGAUGCGUCUGCACGCCGGAAGCACAAAGCUGCCGUCGAGUCCUGUAAAGCCCCAUGCGAAUGCGGCCCGGAUGGACAAGCUCCAGAGCAAAGCAGUCACGUGGGCAGCCGAAGUCCCGUACGUCCACCUCGAGAGCAUUGGAGCGUGCAGCAGAAGUCGAAUCCAUAGCAUGCAUGACCGUCUUGACAGCGAUGUUCGAGUGAUUGCACACUUGCUCAAGGAUGUUCUCGCUGUUCUGUCGUCCCAAGCACUGCUAUACGUCGCCAACGAGUGCACACUCCUCAAGCUCAACGACAGCGACGUCCUUCACUACCAGGACGAUCUCGUCACGCCUGAAUCG